AUGGGUAUUGUUUACUUGUUCACAUUUGGAUUGUGUGGAGUGGGACAGAUAUUUGACGUUUUGUUGAUUCCUGGAUUGGUUGCCCAGGAGAAUGGAACUAGCUCAAAUAAUAAUAAUAAUGGAUUAGUGUUUGGUUUUGGAAAUAAUAUGUUUGCUGGUGGCAAUUAUGUUAACUUUAACAAUGCUCAGCCUUAUCAAGUCUCGAAUGGAAAUGCUGGCUAUUCUCAAUAUUAUGUGAAUGAUGGACAACAGCAACCUCAAUCAUAUGUUCCACCUCAACAACAAGAGCAACAAGAGGGUGCUGAAUCGAAUGAAUAUGUACCACCUCAGCGAAAUUCUGGAUUUACAAUGUACAUUAAUGGUCAACCUGUUGAUUUGUCGAAUGGAGGAACUAUUUAUAUGGAUGGCUCAGGAGAAGCUCAAUACUACGCCAAUGAUGAUGAUGAUAACGAUGAUCAGCAUUUCAAUAGUGUUUUUGAUAACAUGAGAAGAGCUGAGGAGAAUAGAAGAUUACAUGAUAGCAUCCGUAGAACGAACGAAUCAAUUAACAGAAGUAACGAAAUACAUAGAGAAAAUAUUAGACGAAUGAAUGAAAAUAUCCAUAGAACCAAUGAGCAAAAUCGCAGAACCAACGAGAAUAACAUGAGAAUGCAUCAUCAAAACAUGAACAGAAUGCACGACAAUAUGAGAAUGCAUCAAAAUAUUCAUAGCCAGAACAUGCAAAGAAUGCAUCAACAAAAUACUAUGAAUAAUAUCAAUAGAAUGAAUACUUUCAGAAGAUAA